AUGGCCAAGCCGCCCAUACCAGACGCCGUACGGAUCGAGUCAAACAUGGGCCCUGAAGGCUAUAUAUUUACGGUAUCUGAGAACCGGUAUAUAGCACCAUCAUCGAAACGGGACUCGGCGCUGCCGAAAACGAAUGCCGUCGAGUUAAAGUUGGCAACUGUGUUUAGCAUCCCGCCAGACGGCCCCGCCAGCAUCACAGACGAGUGGAUACGCAAGUGUCUGGAUGGAUACAAGCACGACGAUGUUUUCGGCGAAGAAUUCCUCCAAUGCGUCGUGUUCAAUACAUCGCGCAAGCUCAGCGUAUCGAAUGAGGCGAUCCAUCUUCUUAGAGAACAUGGCAUGAAGGAAUAUGUUGUCACCUCAUCAACGGACUACUUCCCCGGCCCGCAUGUGAUUGUGGACCAGGAGCUUAGGGAGGUGUGGAAGCUGGUGGAUGAUUCAAACGGGACCUGCAUGGUAACCUUGAAACCGCAAAAAGAUCCCUUGAGUGCACCAGAGCCAUUUCUAAUCGGCAGUCGAAAUAGCCAAACUCUCAGCUUUGCCAUACCAUCGCGUAUCAAGAGUCUUACCCACCCUUCUCCGCUUGCAGGCCUGCGCGUUCUUAUCAAAGAUAAUAUUGACUUGAACGGGAUCAAGACGUCAGUUGGCAAUGAUGCAUUCUACAAUACUUUUCCUCCCAGAACAAAAAGCGCCCAUUGUGUUCAAAAGCUAGUGGACAAAGGCGUCGUUAUAAUUGGCAAAACGAAAUUGACGUCCUUUGGAAAUUGGGAGGAGCCCAUGGAAUAUACCGAUUAUCAAGCUCCAUGGAAUCCUAGGGCAGAUGGAUAUCAGUCACCCGGAGGAAGCAGCUCUGGCAGUGCUUCGGCCAUUGCGUCCUACGACUGCCUCGAUAUCACUCUUGGCACUGACACUUGGGGCAGUGUCACCCGGCCCGCUCACUGGUGUGGGUGUUUUGGCCUUCGUCCCAGCAUUGGAGCCAUUUCUUCAGAUGGUAUUGAGCCAUAUGUUCAGUCGUGGGAUGUUCCCGGAAUUCUUGCAAGAGAUCUCGAAAAAUGCAAAAACUUUGCGGCUGAAUGGUUGACAUUCGAUCAGUUCGAGAAGAUUCCAAAACAAUUUUCCUCCAUCAUCUGGCCGACUGACUUUUGGAAAAUCAUUGAUCCCGAUCAAGCUAGCAAAGCAAAAUCAUUUGCACAGUCGAUGGCUACGAAGCUAAAUGUGAAGCUUGUAGACAUGUCGUUUGAAGGAUGCUGGAAUGUGUCACCGCCAACGAAAGAUGCAUCUUCGCUACAAGAAUUCAUUCAUCCGGCUACCGAGGCCUUGGCGUAUGAUGUAUACCAUAACAGCGAGAAUUUUCGCCGUCGCCAUAGGGAUCUGUUUGGGCGAGCGCCGUAUACAACGCUUCAGAAUGAGCGCAUAUGGUCCGCUGGAAAAAACAUCACUCGAGAGAAGAGAGACGAGGGGUUCGAGAGAAUCAACAUAUACAGCAGGUGGUUCCAAUACACAGUGCGGACCAAUGACAACACAGAUGCUAUCGUAAUGCUGCCGAUUGAGUCUGCAGGACCAAGAUACCGGGAUGAAUUCCCCGAAUUCCAAAGACCGCCUCAAGAAGGCGUUAAUGCUCUAGCUAUCGGCCCUGUAACAAAGUCACCAGUGCUUGCCAUCCCAAUUGCCGAGAUUCCAUAUCAUUCGAGAGUCAGUGGCCGAGAGGAGAAGUUACCAUUCGCGGUAGCCCUUAUGGGAACGCCAGGCUCCGACUUGCUGUUGAUUGAUACUGCAAUCGAGAUCUUAUCGGAUUUGGGUCUUCCUACGGUUGUUCAAACUGGAAGACACAUGUAUAACAAGCCCGAGCAGUAAUACCGUGCAUGAUUAGACAAAAGGUCGUGUCUUUGAUGGAUGGGUAUCUGUGAGGUAUACCUAGGUGGCGAAACAUUGUG